AACCAGUGCAAUUUUCAAUAGCGUGAGGUACGAAUUUAUAAUGAAGACUCUGCAAAUCGUUCUUGUGUUUUCUGCCAUUGUGGCCAUUGCUUUUGCUGCCAACGCCAGUUGGGGAUCAAAACUCUCGAGUAGUAAGCUAGCCAGCACCCAGAACUUGACUAUUCACAAGAAAGCCAAUCAAUAUGUCAACGGUAUAAUUGUUUUCCCCUUGACCGGCCAGGGUAACAGCAAAACCAUUCGGUACAUAAAUGUAACUGACAGAUUUACCAACAGCUCGGGACCCUAUUGCUCUCUGUCGACGGGCGGCAUUGGAUAUACCAGUGUCAAAAUCAAUGUUACGAGCCAGAUUUCCCAGGGAAUCAACGUCACUGCCCAAAUCUGGGUUGAUGCCUAAAAUAAGGCUUCAUGGAUUGAAAUGUGAAAACAAUAAAAAAAUAUAUGAUUGCAA